AUGAACAGCAAUCAGUUCUGGGAGGCCAAUGGCCAGGCCGACGCCAAUGCGCAGUUGACUGGCCUUGGUCUUCCAGCAGAGUGGAACACAACGCCCGAGGGAUUCAAUCCCAACACUUACACGCCAGUGGGCAACAUGAACCCACUGAGCAUGAACCCGCAUCUCAAUGCGGCAUUUGCCUCUACGCCAUCUCAAGCCUAUAGCUCAAGGCCAACCAUGCCCCAAGGCAGCAUGGCCAUGUCCUAUAACAACGUGGCACCACAGGGCAACAUGGUGCUUCAAGACACCACCAUGUCCCAGGGUAACAUGGUGCCUCAAGGCAACAUGAUGAUACCCCAGGGCAAUAUGGCACCUCAGCCAAGCUUCUUGCAUGUCCCUGCACAGGGUCUUUCAUCCCCCCUUGGCCCCACGAACUACCAAGCCCAAGACUAUUCUUACCAGCAGCGCAGGGCCGAAUACAACGCAGCGGUGCAGACACAGCGUCAAGAAUUUCAGCGGGCGAACAAGACGAGCCGCAGCAGACCCAACCGGCGCAGGUUGCAGGCUCGCAUUGAAAACAAUAGGCAAAGCCAGUCGAUUCCAGCUGGGCUCCCUGAAGGGCUAAUUGACAGUCCGGUCGCUUCUGCGGUGGUUGCUGGUCCGGUGGCAGCUGCUGGUCCGGUGGUUGAAACCACGGGCCAAGAUCCAGGCCAAGACGUCGACCCCGUGGCCGGGCUUGAGAGCCUCUUCGGUGAGGGCGAGUUUGGGGGUCUCUUUGGUGAGGGCGAGUCUGGGGGUCUCUUUGGUGAGGGCGAGUUUGGGGGUCUCUUUGGUGAGGGUGACUUUGAGAACCUGUUUGGCGACGACGAGCUCGAGGCCUUCUUUGGCGAGUCGGGCGGUGAACCUGACACUGGUACCGCCACUGCCGGCGCGGCCGUGCGGGCUCCUAGCCCACGCUCUCUGGCCUUCUUGAGCAGCCUCCCCAGCCUACCCGCCAUGGUAAGUGAGAGCGUGCCCGAGCGAACCCCGGUGGCUACGUCACCGGCAACGCUCAGCGAAAGCACGAGCCCUGGGACCGAGCAGCCUGCCAAAAAGCGAAGAACUAAGAUUGGCAGCCAGUCGUGCGAGAUGUGCAGGAAGUCUAGAAAGGCCUGCCACCGCCAAGAGAACACCUACUCGUGCGUCCGUUGCCACACAGCAGGCAUGCCGUGCAACAAGUUUGACCCCAACGCGGCCAAGCCCUCAGACGGACGCACGAACAAUACUGUGCAGCGCAACCAUCAGCGCAUCUACGACGAGGGCCGCAGCGUCAUUGAGAAGCUGUGGAAGACGCUCGCUGCUAUUGUGCCCCAAAGCGCGAAUGAGGCGCCCGAACUCGUGGCGCGCCGCCUGGCUCUCGCGCAGGCCAUCCAAGCACGCAUGCCGACGAACAAUGUUGAGAGCUGGGUUCCCAUUACAGACAUGGAAAUUGAGGCCCUCGGCCUAGCCAUGUAUGGUAUCAACUUCAGGCCUGACUGUUUCAGCAUCGUGGGUGGUUCUCGCUCCCAUGUCGAGCGUCCCUCGCGUUGCGAAAAGCUCGUUGAGGAGCGCAAGGCUUGUCAUGACCUUGUAGACAAGGUCAGCCGCUUUGUUACGGCUCUGGUAGACUGCAUUGGGUAUGCGGCCGACCCAAGCAGCAUUGACUGGUUGCCGACGCAUGUCGCGAAUCUCCUUAAUAUCCCCUCGCCUACGAGGAACAGCAAAUCUCGUGCGAUCACUCUCUCUCCGCUCCCCUUCAAGAAGCACCUUGGCAACAUUGCCAACAAUGCAGCCACUGCCUAA